AUGGAUCCUGGCGACUAUCGGACAAAUGUAUUAUCGUUUAAUAACUUUACUUCGAUAGACUAUGAAUUUCUUGAGCCUAAAACUCCCUCCUCUGAGAACAUAAGGGUUUCCCUACGAAAUAUUGAGAGACUUCUGCGACAGGAUGGAAGAUUGGCACACCUAGACACGGUACGAGAUGGUAUAUGGCUCUUUCAAGGAGGGAAGUCUUCCAGCAAUUUAUCCAAGCCGCACAAAACGGAAAAUGGCGUGAUCGAUGUGCUUGGGAUCCAACUUGUUGUUGUGGAGCAAGGUGUCUUUGAGCCAGCUAGUCUUGCAAAGGCUAAGCAAAGUCCUCAUUCUGUUCUGAACUCGGCGAGCAGCAAUUCAUCCCCGUCUUCGUCUCUUGAGAAUUCUGGACGAGCUGGAUUUUCGGUCAACUCCAGAGCAGUGCAAGCGAAUGCGGCGCACAAUGCUUCUCAAGAAGCAUUUCCGUCCCAAGGACAAAAACCACUCGAUCGCCAAGACCUGACAUGGCCAGCUCCUGCAGAUCUACAUGAAAGAUUCAUAUCUGCUGUACUUGGAUCUCUUGUUUCUAUUCUCUGUCGUGACGAGGGUUUUAUUCCUCUUAAUCCGCGUACCUUAAUCUUGAACCAGUCCAUUGCAUCAAGUCCCGCGGAUUUGACUGAAAGUUACUCAAAACAUACUGGCGCAAUUACAUUGGCUACAUUAGACAUAAGUCUUACACCAUUAGGCACAGUUAUUAUCAAGAUAUAUUCAGAUGAAGCAUUAGGCUUGCAAAGCAUUUGUGCCAGCUCAUUAUCAAAUGGGCAAUUUGAACGAUUGGCUCCUGGGACGAUGUUGUGGCUCGCUCCUGGAGGAAAUACUGCCAAAUUUCAUGCUUUUUCGAACCAGAAAGGAUUGCCUAGAACACAAACCGGAAAGCCGUCAGUCACAACCCCUGCGGACUCCAAGUUGAGUGAGUUAAAUGAGCUCACAGUGAAAAGCUGGCAGUCUAAGUGUAUACAGUGGUUGUCGUCUAAAGGCAUAGACACAUCGUACAUUGACAGUGGUGGUUGGCUGUUUGUUCAGAUGCUCGCCGGUAACAGCUCGCUACUUGGUAACGAGUCUCUUGCCACAUGCAAUGGCUCGUCUGUCGUCCCCUGGCCGGCUUUGCUGUGCUUUACGUCUUCCAAUACUGCUAUUUCACGGCCGCUGACGAAUCAGCAAGCUGCAAAGCAAGUCACCGACCCACUGUCAUUUGCUGAGGAGUGGUUCAUGAGCAAAAUUGAGAGAUCAAACACCCUGGAGAAACGAGUAAGAGAUAGACAAAAUGCGGAAGCAUUAUCAAGGGAGCAAGCAGAAGUUGAUGCCCGUGCUUUACAGUCAAAUUCUUAUUCUCCAGUGGUCCUGCGCAGAGGCAGCAACGCUGGUGCCAUGUAUCCAACACCACCAGAUGCAAUCCAUCACCCUGUUGGGGUCACACCAGUCUUUGAUGGGGCGGGUUCUACGCCUAACAACCCAAAUGCAAACCCAUUUGCUGCCCAGGACGGGAGUGCAAUUGCAACCACCUCUGGAGUACCCGAUGUUGAUGUCGAUAUGUGGGAUACGCCGAAUAAAAAAGAUCGAAAUAACGACACAGACGGCGACUUAUUUGGAGAUCUCGGUGGUGACAUGUUUGGCAACGAUGUUACUGAUGCCGAUUUCAGCUUCUUUGACGAACCUGAUGAAGUGGAACCCGAAGUAAAGACAGAGAUACCCGUGGCCGCAAAUAUGUCUACAAUAACAGAAGAUCCUGUCAGGAAACCAGCUUUUGUUGCAAGUCUUGCGGGUGUAGAAGGCAUGCGUCCUCCACCUCUGAAGACGAAGCAGCCACCAGAUUUGGACAAACGGGCUAUUGUUGGGGCCAUGAAACCACCACGCAAAGUCAACACUCACGAGGUGGUUGACACUAAUUUUGCAGGUGAGAAAAGUGGCGGUAUCACCAGGACCAUAUCGCCAGUACAAUUCGACCAGGAAUCUAUUUUUCAGCGUCUCGUUAAAGAUGCAACCUCACAGAAGGUUCAAAAACGACCUAGACGGGAAAGUCUUUUUGAUAAGAUUGAUUUUGAAAACUCGUUAUCUUUAGUGGACGAUAAAUACGGAGCUCAAGGGCUCUACAGUGUCUCGGACCAGAAGGGAUGGCUCCCAGUGCUUGGGUCUGGGCUUCCUCAAACGAAUUAUCUCAGCAGUCGGAAGAAGUCACACCAGAACGAGUUUGAAGUUGGUAAAAUUCCACAAUUGUUGCUUGAGGACAAGAUGAGCGAAAAUCAAGAAUUUGACGAGGCGAUGGAUUUCAUGGUAGAUUCGGACGGAAUGAGUACAACCUCAGAACAGGACGAUACGAGCCGUAGCACCGAUGAUACUUCAGCUGUCCCUACCACGGGGUUCGAGAAGACUUGGCUCACCGAGGAUAGGCCAGCAGCUGGCAUGCCAAGUUUUGAUCCGAUGUCUAUCGACUUCGAGCAGUCCAGCAGUACUCCCCAGUCCGCAGUUGGGACCCAGUUGCCAUUUCCUGAUCUAAAUGCAACGGAUUGGUCGCUGACAUCUUAUUUUACAACACCUGAACCAGAGAUGCUGUCUAGCUCCCUCAACGACCUCGAGUGUAUUGCGACGGCUCAAAUCCUUGUCGACCAGGUGGUGGCAGGCACGCUCCAGGUCCCCUGGCUGUCUGAACAGACAAGAGCUUUGAACAAGACCACGGCUAAGGGUGGUCUUGUCCGAAGUGUUGCAAAGGUAGCAAGAUUGUUCUUCAAGGAUUUAGUAUCAUGUACUGUAAAGACAUUUUCUGAGAUCCAAGGAGUCCCGGUUCUAAAUUCGGGACUACGCUUACCGCCACGUCCCAUCAAUCCGUUUUCGAUACCUCUUCCCCAGCUGGAGCUUCGAAGGUCGGAUUCUAAACUAUCAGUGCUUCCUUCUGCGAUAUCAUUUUGGGAAAAUCUUGGUCUUGCUCCAUCUGGAGGUACGAAAGAUGUUCUUUCAGUUUGUGUGUAUCCGGAUCUCGAUGGGGCUCAAUCAGGGGUCACUUAUUUCAAUGAACAAAUCCGGAAUACUUACGAAUCUUUCAGACUCGGUACGCAUGAGAUCAUAGUGGCAAGAGAUCUUUUCUCUGGCCACCUGCCUUAUCCCCUAGAAACUGACCCUCAAAAUUCUUUUCGCAAUUUGGCAACGCUUCGGGAAACUGUCGCGCGAUUGGCCAAUUCUAUAACAUCGAUUUUUCCCGAGGAAAAGAAUUUUGUAAUAUACUUCAUGUAUCCUACCGACAAUCCUACUCUCCUUGUUCACAUAUGCUCCGCCUUUCAACAUUUAUUCCACCUCUACAGGAAAGCGCUGGUAGACAGAAAGGUCCAACCAAGCAAUGAACUAGUUCUUCAACUUGUUCCCAUCGAUUUUGUUGCUUCUUCGACAUCAAUUCCGAUCCCAACGCCCAUAGAAUAUGGCCGACUUUGCUUAGAAGUCUAUGGGCGAUGUAUGGAUUUUGCGUCGUCUGCGGCGACCCCUGCAAUAAUGUUAGAGCGGCCACUACCCCGUGGUAUUGAUUUCAAACUUAAUCCGACCCCCUCAGCUGCAGUUCUGCAAGAGCAUACGUGUCUCCACAUUGCAUAUGCGCAAAGUGCUGAUAGUCGUUGGAUUACAGCCGUAUGGACCGACAAUAGAGGCACCCAACAGAUGAAUGCGUCGUAUUGCUUGGGACGUAAAAACGAACCCAUUUCCAUGUCAUUUUCAAAUGUUGCCGCAGAAAUAUGGGACACAACUCUCGACUUUGUCUCAAGCAAAAGAAUCCAUUGGCGUAUUUUCAUAGCCAAAGUAGGCAUUAUGGAAACAUCGGAGGUUGAGACAUGGAUCGAUCUUGCAUCAAAAGAAUCUGAUGCUCAGACGAAAUUAACACUCUUGACUGUUCAUACAGAGCCGUCUUUACGCCUCCUACCUCCAGCUCUUUCACUACCUGCAGCGAGAGACUCAACGCAAACCACCACUCCAGUCUCGACUCCACAAAAUUCAAUCCUAUCUCCGGAUAUGUCAACUCCCAAUCCACCAACUACUACUCCCUCUGAUCAAUCAUCAACAGUUGAUCCAGAUCCCACAACCCGCCUUUUACUAUUGUCUGACCAGACCCAUGGUCUGAUCCUUUCUCAUCGUCUCUCUAAUUCUCGAUCCCUCUUCCACCCAAAUCCUGCAUUGGUUUCUGGAUACGUUAUCAAACAUUCUACACCAACACCUGUGCUGAUCGAAGUUAAUGUAAUUCACGGCGGGAGGGAGGGGAACCCAAGACACUUCUACGAGGCGCUGCUUAGGGAGGUACUGACUAACUACGCGGGGUUGGGGACCUUGAGUAGGGCAAGAGGAACAACAAGCACAGGAGAUGCUAGACCCUGGCAUAUUGCCGCCGCUGAAAAGGAUCCCAUCAAGAUCGCCGUAAUAGGCGGAACAGGAUUACAGUCCCUCCCAGGAUUCACACCGAUCGCAACAGUCAAUCCGCUUACACCAUGGGGAUAUCCUUCUUCACCCAUCUCAGUCCUCUCCCAUAACAACGUCCCAGUCGCCUUUCUGUCCCGCCACGGUCUCCACCACCAAUUCGCGCCGCAUGAAGUCCCCAACCAAGCCAACAUCGCAGCACUAAGGAGUCUAGGCGUCAGAUGUGUAAUUGCUUUCAGCGCGGUAGGGAGUUUACAAGAAGAGAUCAAGCCAAGAGAUUUCGUGGUUCCAGAUCAGGUCUUUGAUCGAACAAAAGGCAUCCGCCCCUUCACCUUCUUCGAAAAAGGCGUCGUCGGCCACGUCGGUUUCGCCGACCCCUUCGACGCCAAACUCGGUGAAAUCGUCAAGAAAUGCGGCCACUCCCUCGCCGGCGACAACAUCGUCCUUCACGACAAAGGCAACCUGAUCUGCAUGGAAGGCCCGCAAUUCAGCUCACGCUUCGAAUCAAACUACUACCGCUCCCUCGGCGGGUCCGUCAUCAACAUGAGCGCGCUCCCGGAAGCGAAGCUCGCGAAAGAGGCGGAACUCGCGUACCAGAUGAUCUGUAUGGCGACCGACUACGAUUGUUGGCAUAGCACGGAGGAUGUGGAUGUUGCGAUGGUGAUGGGACAUAUGAAGGCGAAUGGGGAGAAUGCGAAGAGGUUUGUGGGUGCAGUGUUGGAUGCGUUGACGAAGGAGGAGAGUGGGGAGGUGGUGGAGGCGAGGCAUUUGAUGGGGGGGACGACGGGGAUGAUUAAGUUCAUGACUAAAGCUGAGGGGAGGGGGGCGGAGGGAGUGAAGAAUGUUGAGUUCUUGUUUCCAGGGGUUUUUGAUAGUUAG